AUGUGCAGGUUCCUUCAACAUUGGACAUCCGUCUACACGGGAGCGGCAAUCAUGUGUAACAGGAAGUCGCCGAGCCAUCGAGAUCCGAAAUGCCCCCCGGAAGGUUUCGACAUACUUACCUGCAUAGGCGGCUAUGACCAUGGCGUAAUGCAAUUGACCAACUUGGGCAUCGAGCUCGCUUAUGAUCCGGGUGUUAUGGUUAGCUAUUCUGGCCGGCUCGUGAGGCAUGGCGUUCAAGUUGCCGAGGGAGACAGAAUCGUCUGGGCUUGGUUUAUGCGCGAUAGCGUGCAUAAUUAUGCUCAGACCCCGCAUACAGAGUAUGCAAAAUAUAAUCUCGCGGAUUUUGCGAUAUACCACCUAGCCCAAUACAAUCAGGCAGAUUUCAUUCGGUACCGCGCGUUGUAG